CCUUGGAACACCGGUAAACCAGUCUAGUUAAAACUGAAAAUGUCUUUAUUUCGCACAGUUGCAAGUAAUGUCUUGCGUCAAAAUAAGGCUCUCCUUCCAGCUGUGAGUGUAAGACACUCCUCUUCCACGAAUUUGAAAGAUGUGCUAGCAGGAGUCAUUCCAGAGAAGCAAAAGGAAGUUGUGGAAUUGAGGAAACAGUAUGGAGACAAAGUGGUGGGAGAGGUCACCCUCAACAUGAUCUAUGGUGGUAUGCGUGGCAUUAAAGGGCUCGCCACAGAAACAUCUGUUCUUGAUCCAGAGGAAGGAAUCCGUUUCCGUGGUUAUAGCAUACCUGAAUGUCAGGAGAUACUGCCCAAGGGCAAUGGUGGAAAAGGAGAACAGCCCUUGCCAGAGGGUCUGUUUUGGCUACUUCUCACAGGACAGGUGCCUACCCAGGCUCAGGCAGAUGCUGUCACCAAGGAAUGGAACGAUCGUGCAGCACUCCCCAACCAUGUGACAUCCAUGCUGAACAACUUUCCAGCCAUCCUUCACCCCAUGUCACAGUUCAGUGCUGCCAUCACGGCAUUAAAUAGUGAGAGCAAAUUUGCAAAGGCAUACUCAGAGGGUGUCAAGAAAACUUCUUACUGGGAGUAUGUAUAUGAAGACUCCAUGGACAUGAUUGCAAAGCUGCCAACUGUAGCAGCCCUCAUUUAUAGAAACCUGUACCGUGAUGGUACAUCAGUUGGUACCAUAGACCCUGCUAAAGACUGGAGCUGGAACUUUACCUCCAUGCUGGGAUUUGAGAACCAAGACUUCACAGAGCUUAUGAGGAUGUACCUUACAAUUCACAGUGACCACGAGGGUGGUAACGUCAGUGCACACACAACACAUUUAGUGGGCAGUGCUCUGUCUGACCCCUAUCUCAGCUUUGCUGCAGGCAUGAAUGGAUUGGCUGGACCCCUUCAUGGCCUGGCAAAUCAGGAAGUACUGGUUUGGCUUACAAAAGUACAGGAGGACUUUGGAGGAGAGGUGUCUGAUGAAAAGCUUAGGGACUGGGUGUGGAACACACUCAAGUCUGGGCAGGUUGUACCUGGCUAUGGCCAUGCUGUACUACGCAAAACAGAUCCUCGUUAUCAAUGCCAGCGAGAGUUUGCACUUCAGAAGUUACCAAAUGAUCCCAUGUUUAAACUUGUGUCUCAACUAUACAAGAUUGUGCCUGAUGUGCUCCUAGAACAAGGCAAGGCCAAGAACCCUUGGCCCAAUGUUGACGCUCACAGUGGUGUGCUCCUUCAGUACUAUGGAAUGACAGAGAUGAACUACUACACAGUCUUGUUUGGUGUGUCGCGAGCUCUUGGUUGUUUGUCCUCUCUUGUGUGGGACAGGGCAUUUGGACUCCCCAUUGAACGACCAAAAUCAUUUGAUACACCAUCCUACCUGAAAUUGGCGAAAAAAUGAAAAUGGUGAUACCUAGGACAUUUAUAUUAAAGUUAAUGAGAGUGCUAAUAUCCAGGUUUUUUUUUUUUUUUUUUUUCCAAUCAAGAAAGCAUUUGUUUUUUGAGAGUAGAAUAUGAUUACAUGUGUGUAAAGUUCCAUCUAUUCACUAUCAUUAUCAAGAAUGUUUUUGCGUCACUUUCAGAGUAUCAGAUGAUGUGUUAUACUGCCAUACAUCCUCUAUGCCAUCUAGAUCAUCAGAUUUGUAUAUAUAAAUAUUUUGAUUUUUUCCCGAUAUCCUAUAUAUGGAAUCAGGAUGGAUCAUAAACAUUUGGAUGGCUUAGAGGAAUUUGAUACUCAGAAAAUGUAGCAUUUCUGGAAUUUUGUAAACAUCAACUUUUGAUAAUUGUUGGUUUAAAGAUUGGUCAGUGUGGGUGAAAAUUCUUCUUUGUACAUAUGUCUUUCUAUUGGUAAUAAAUAACUGUUCUAUACAUAGUGAUUAGCUGUCGGUAUAGUUAUACAUAUUUAAUAAGCCAUCAGGUUGGUUCCAUACAUUCGAGUUGACAUGCCAGGUUCCUUGGAGAGAGAAGCUACAUUAAGCAGGAUCUGUACUUAGACAUUGGGCAACACUAUGUGUUUGAGGUGUAACCUUAUAAAUGACUGCCAAAAAGAGCCAUGUUUUUCUCCAAGCCGAUAUUAGAUAUCUAACAAGAGAUAAAAAUGCUGUGCAAUUGUCAUUUGAAAGAUCAUAAUGAAAGAUCAUAUAUGUUCUGUUUGAUAAAAGAGAAUACUUACAGGUGAUUGUGUCUAGUGUGGAUGUUAGGUUUCUUUAUUCAGUACAGAAUCUGCAUUAAAAGAAAGUCAAGAUUUUGUUUAACAUUAGGUCUGUUUUCUUAACAGGGAGUUGUGGAGGACACACCAGAUGUCCAUUUAUGACCUGAUAAUUUGUGGUUUGUGUACCAGCUAUUUAUUUAUACAAGAUUGUACACAACUGUGUACAUAUGAGCCCAUACAUAGUACUGGAGACAUUUUUUAUGUAAUGGAUCAUUGGUAUUCAUUUGCCGAAUGAUUAAAAUUUAUCAAAUAAAAAA